AUGGAUAACCGAUCUCCGACCCCCGUCGGUACAGGUCAUCCACCAGCAACUCCAUCGCUACGGAGUAUACAUGAUGAUCUCACUAGAUUGUGCAUCUUCUUUGACGACAAUGGCCAAAACGACAUCCAGGACCAGUUCCGCCAAAUCCGUGGUUUCCAGACGAUCUUUCAUGUUCUAGAAGCAGCAAUUCAAUUUGCCAAAGCACAAGAAACUCCAACGAGCACAUCUCAUGUUGAAGACCUUGCCCAAAUCGCUAUCGAUGUGCUUAACAUCUUGACCAAAGCGCUGCGGAAGCAUCAUGGAAACUCUCGUUACUUCACCAAGCGAGUAUCCCAUGGAGGAUGGCAAGCCCUAAGGCACCUUGUGCAAAGGGUUUCAUCUAUCAUUGCGAGUUCUUCCUCCGAAAAGUCUCGAUUCAAUAAUUUGUCAAGGCUCUUUUGCAUUACUCUGGCAUUGGCACUUGGUGACUGUGCUUACAACAAUGCUCUCAAACCGCUGUGGGCAGAAGAUUCAGAGAUUUCGCAAGGACUCGCCAAUGGUGAUGUUUCUGCGAACACAAGCAAUUGCCUCAAAUCCGUCUCAGAAGGAAUCACCUCAGAAAGGCUGCAGACUAUGGUUCGUGGUUGCUUCGACCAAAGCGAGCGAAUUCUGAACUCGGAAGCUGUGACUAUCAUGUCAGACUUCUACUUGCUGACUGAGCGUGGGGUGGAGACUGCCCCCGAAAACAUAGCUGUCCUGCCAAUUGUCGUGUUGACAGUGCUUGAUUGCGUUGUUGAAACAUCAGAAAGCAACAGGAUUGCGGUUCAUGAUGCUGGCACACUGUCAACUCUGUUGCCUCACUUGGUUGGAAAAGGCAUGGAGAAACAUGAGGCUGAACUGCUACAAAAGCUCUGCAAGUUGUUGCUUCCACUUGGAUCACGUCGGUUGGAAGAGACAGCUCAAAUGUUCAAAUUGGCCUGCGAAGACGAUUCCGCAAGGGAAAUCUUACUAGAAGCUUUGCAGAAAUCCAAACAACCUCCCGCUAUCAAGUUCGACCUAUCUAACUCUGGACAUUGCUCAAUCGAGCUCGCAUCUUUGCCACGACCCUUUCCACCUACCACCGGAUACACGUUCUCAUGUUGGAUCAAGAUCGAUCAGUUUGAUUCAGACUGUCACACCACAAUAUUUGGAGCUUUCGACGCUAGUCAGACCUGUUUUGUUCUUGUAUAUAUCGAAAAGGACACACAUCAGCUGAUUUUGCAGACAUCGGUCACCGCAAAGAAACCCAGUGUGCGAUUUAAGAGGUUUAAAUUUGGAGCUGCAGAGUGGUAUCAUAUUGCCAUAGUGCAUCGCCCCUCUAGAACAAGUGGUUCAAGCCCUGCCAUCCUCUAUGUCAACGGGCGGUGCAUCGAAGAGCAGCACUGUCCAUACCCAGAAGCACCUCCGCUCAUCCCGGAAGUACGCGCUCCUGUUCCCUCUCAAGUCGUCAACACCACACGACGACCAGUCCAGGCUUUCUUCGGGACUCCACAAGAUCUAGCUUCCCAAGCAGGCGAUCGUCUCUUGAAUUUAAAGUGGUCUCUUGCAAGCGCCUAUCUGCUUGAUGCAUCUCUUUCUCCCGAGCUAGUCGCCGUUCACCAGAAACUUGGUCCCAGGUAUUGUGGCAACUUCCAAGACUGCAUAGGGCCUUUCUUGACAUAUCGCGCUUCUGCCGAACUCAAUCGGUACAACGAGAUGCUGCACGCGGACAAGGACGAUAAGUCCGAGAUCGUCAAGGCUACACAAUCUCAGGGCAGUGAACUCCUUCCAGAAGGUAAACUGUUGAUCAGCAUGUCCGCUUCAUCGAUUGUGAGCAUGAACGGUAUGCUGGCAAAUGGUGUCAACAUCGGAGACAUGCUGAAUGAGAAGGCCGCAGCACAUCUUCAGUCUCUGACGCGCAACGGCAACCCAAUAUUACUGAACGCAGCUCGACCUGUAAUAAAUGAGGCCAUGACGAGAUCUUAUGGAGCAGCUGUGAUCACUGGGAAUCCUAUUUUGACGCUUACUCACGGUCUUGACGAUGGUAGUUGGCAGAUAGGUGGUUGCCUGCCGAUCAACAUGAAGAUUGUUCAAAGCGCAUCAACAGCUGACUCUCUUGUCGCUUCGGUCGAGAUUCUCUUCCAAUGCAUACUGGACAACUGGCGAACUAGUGAAGUCAUGGAGAAGGAUAACGGCUUCGGCAUUUUAGCAGUUCUGCUAAGAGAAAAACUUGGAAUAUAUACCAACGGUCCAGGUGGUCAUAGAGCUGUCCCAGUUGCAAAGACUAUGCAACAGAGGGAAGAGCUGGCGGUGAGACUCCUCAAAGUCGUACUGGCCUUUGUUGGCUAUGAUGUCAAGAGUCCCGAAAACUCGUUGCUGAUCAAUCCAAUGGCUUACCGCGUUCUUCUUGUCGACUUCGACACCUGGCGUACGAUAAGUACUGAAACACAGAAGCUCUAUUAUCAGCAGAUUGCUGGAUUUGUCUGGAAGAAUAACAACCAAACUUUCAACAUGAAACGUUACAACAAGAUGAGGGUGGUUCGUAGGUUCCUCGAUGCUCUCAAAGUUGAUCCAAUCAGCGCUGAAGUCUUGCCCGAGAUCUUGCAUGCUUUGAGAGCCCUCAGUCUAUGCAAAACAGCACAUCUCAAUCAUCGAGACAUCGCUACAUUCAUCACGUACGCGCUUCACGAUGACAGAGCCAUGCAGUCGACCAACCCACUGCUGAGGACGCCUCGGAAUAGAUCGACAUCGAUCAAGUUAUCGUCGCCUCGAUUGGCCACGCCCGAGACACCUAGUCCUACACCAACAGCACCCAGUACGCUCAAACUGAGUCAAUCAAACCUUGGUGUCAGCAUUGUGGAGACGUACUCAGAGGUUCUCUGUGGCUUCGAGACUAACACGCACAUCAAACGUUUUGACCAGCAAGUUCCUACGCGAUGGAUCCUCCAUCUACUUGCGGAGCCCGAUUCUCGUGUUGUUGGUUCUGCACUUUCGAUUAUAUCGCGAGCUAUCGUAGAGAUCCCAAGUUUCAAGUCUAAGUUCGCUGAGAAGAACCAUGGGUUUACAACGCUGCAGACUAGACUGCGUAGCCACUGGAAGUCUCCAAGGGUGUGGGUGGGUUGUUUUGCCAUACUAUUUGGGCGUCCUUUCGUUUCUCAAGAGGAUGCCGAUGACCUCACCAUCUUCCACCUGAUGGAAGCAUUCAUGCAGCAAGGAGAAUCUGAGAUACGACACCCUGAAAUCUUCCCUGCGAUGUCGAGCAUGUUGGAAGCAGGACUCAGGACUGUUGUCAAAGACUCAGUGCAUCAGAAGGACAACGAGGACGCAGCCGAGUUAAACUCCAUUCCGAAGACCAUAAUCCAAUUCCUUACAGACGUACAUUCACGAAGUAAGUCGUUCAGAGACUUUGCUGUGGACUCCCACUACGUACAGGAACUACUUUUCGUGCUGUUCCCACUGAUCACAAGUGCCGAUCGACUUAGUGCGUCCGCUGAACUGGCAUCUGAGAGUCCAUUGAAUUUUCAAGGUCGCGAAGUCGUUCUGCGGCCUCAUUCUAAUUCGCUGGGUGAGCGACCGGCUGUACUUAGAAGUGGUUCCAGCAGAACAUUACCUACUCAAGGUCGUCCGAACCAACUUCAGAUACCUCGCAGAACCUCAUCCUUUGUGUUCGUUAACCCUACUGCGGCCGAGGUCAAACAGUCUACUGUGUCGACACGAUUCAACGCGAUAAUGUCUCCCACGACAAGCAAACCGAUAAAAAUCAAUGUCGGAAACGCCGUUGUUGAGUCUCUGCUUGAGCUCGUGGUCAUGGUAUACCUUGAUCAGGUCUCUCAACGCAAAGAAUUUGCAGGUUUCGGUCUGUUUCUCAAAGUGCCGCCUGGCUUUCAGGAACAUCAAGCAUAUUUUGAAUCAUACGUUCUGCUUCAUACUAUGCACCAAUUAUGGAAUCAUCUUCAGCUGAAUCAAGAAUUGAUGGUUGAGCCCAGAACUUUGACCAACCUGGCUAGAUACAGCUUACACAUGGCCGAGGCUGUGUUCGAAGGCUGGUUCAUUGACGGAGCCCAACCACUACUUGACUUUACUGGUAAGGCACUGGAGUAUUUGCAACAACCAGCUGUGUCUGCCACGAAGGGCGUACGACUAUGCUCGCAGGCUGUGUCGACACUACGAUCGGUAUUCCUUCGUGUUACUCUUCUUCGCUUGUCCGAACUUGAUGAAGCCGAAGAUGAUUCAGACGCUCUGGACUUCCUGAGAAAGAUGACAUACUGGCAAACUAUCCUGUUCUCACCUCAGAAUCAAGAACUUCCCUUCAUAAGACUCAUUUGUUAUCUGCUGUACAUCAAGAUGACUUCGCCCUCAUCUCAAGUACGGCAUGCUGCUGCCUCGUUGUGGAGAAUGUUGCUUGUGCAGAAGCCAACAGAAGCAGCUACCAUUUUGAUACAGAACUCUGAUCCAAACCAGCGACACAUCUCUACUGGCUUGAUCAAACUUGCUGCACAUGAUGAUGAUGAGCUUCUGGAAUGGAUCGACCAAAACCGAAAGCCUCUAGAUGAAUUCUUCCACGAAACCAUGUCAAGAUUCUGGGACGAAUUUGUCGGCUCCGAGAACCAGAAGACUGAGGAAUCUGCCAAAAAUCGCCUUGCUAAGCGCAAAGAGAAAUUGAAGCAGUGGAGGACAACCGAAACUGACCUUGAUAAUGUUGCGCACCGAUACGAGGUAUCCACUAGGCACUGGCGAUCGAACAUUCAUUCUCAAGAGCGAUUGAAGUACCAAGGCGCACUCCAGGACCAGCAAGAGAAUCUGAAUCAUAUACAGACUGUCAUUGCUAGGCUUGAGACUCUCUUGAAGCAGCCUUCAGGUCUUUUCCCUGAACAAGGACCCUUCAAAUGGCAACUCGAUCAGACCGAAUCGCGCAAUAGAAUGCGCAUACGAAUAGUGCCAGACUCCCGACGGGAUCAAGAGGCGUUCCAGCCCAAGCGCAAGGCCUCUGAGCGUAUGUCGCACACGAAGCUGAGAAUCGAUACACAGUCUCGCCCAAGCUUGUCGGACAACAUAGUCCCGGCAGAGCCUACUCCAAGAACACCUGCUAAUCUUACUGUACCUCCGAUUGAAGACACUCCAUCCUCGCCAAGAGACGAUUCUAUCUCGGGCUCUGCGCUUCUUGAUGGCGAGUUCGAGAUGGUCGACGAUCCGAAGGAUGGCGAGGAAGGGUUCGAAGAUAAGAAUCGUAAAGUGCUGAAGAGUUUGCAGCGUGGUGAUCGUGUACAGAACAUCUGCAAUGUCUCUCGCGUGGUCGGUCUAGAGGCUUUCGAGGGUCUGUUGAUCAUUGGCAAAAAGUGCUUGUAUCUUCAGGACGAUAUGUUUCAAAGAUCUGAUGGCGAGAUCGUCAGCGUUGCUCAUGCUCCCGAUGAAGAACGCGACCCUUACGUUCAGCUGAUCUCGGGUAAAGAGAUCAAGACCAAACGGAGACAACGUGCAGAAAGAGAACCUGCAAGACAUUGGACUUGGCAGGAGCUUUUGCACAUCUCAAAACGUCGCUUCCUGUUCAGAGAUGUCGCACUAGAGGUCUUCUUUACCGACGGUCGCAGUUACCUUCUGACGUUUAUGACACCAACGGCCCGCAAUGAUGUUUAUGCCAAUCUCGCUGGGAAGUCACCACUUGUUUACGGGUCACUAUCGUCCCUGCCUGCUGAAGACGCUUGGAGACUCGACUCAUUGAGAAAUCCAGAAGAGACACCACAAAGCUUUGGCUACAAAUUCGCAAAUGUUUUCAACUCAACAUCUUCCAACGCAGCAACCCGGCGAUGGACACGUGGUGAGAUAUCGAACUUCCAAUAUCUCAUGCUUGUCAACAACAUGGCAGGCAGAACUUUCAACGACCUCACUCAGUAUCCUGUGUUCCCUUGGAUUCUCGCAGACUAUACUAGCGAGGAACUCGAUCUGACCGACCCUCGAAGUUUCCGCGAUCUCUCAAAGCCAAUGGGGUGUCAACACCCUGCACGCGAGUCCGAGUUCCGCGAGCGCUAUCGAGCCUUUGCUGAGAUGGGUGAUGAACAGUCUCCGCCGUUCCACUAUGGCACUCAUUACUCUUCGGCCAUGAUUGUCUCCUCUUAUCUAAUUCGACUGCCGCCAUUCGUACAGUCGUACUUGCUGCUUCAGGGUGGCAACUUUGACCAUGCGGACAGAUUGUUUGACUCGAUUGAGAAGGCGUGGUUGUCUGCUUCUAAAGAGAACAUGACUGAUGUUCGUGAACUGACACCUGAAUUCUUCUGCCUGCCUGAAUUCUUGCAAAACAUCAAUGGCUACGACUUCGGUCAGAAGCAAGGCAGUGGUCAAACUAUCAACGAUGUUGUGCUGCCACCUUGGGCUAAAGGAGACCCUCAUAUAUUUAUUGCAAAGCAUAGAGAAGCACUUGAGAGCCCAUAUGUCAGCCAACAUCUUCAAGAGUGGAUUGAUCUUAUCUUUGGAUACAAACAACGUGGCGAGGCAGCACUCGAAGCCACGAAUGUGUUCCAUCAUCUUUCGUACCAAGGUGCAAAGGAUCUGGACACUAUGCAAGACGAAGUCGAGAAGCUUGCGACUAUUGGUAUCAUUCACAACUUUGGACAAACUCCUCACCAGGUUUUCCAGCGUGUGCAUCCCAGGAGAGAGGAAGAGAAGCACAGGGUUGAGAGACUCGACACCAUCGCCGAAUCACUGAUCAAGCUACCAUUCCCCCUGUACGAGAGCCAUGAACGAGUCAUGGCAUUGACGUACUCACCAACUCAGGAGCGUUUACUAUGCUCUCCUCCUUGCAAGCUCAACGUGCCACCGGCCUGCAAGAGCUACCUGCAGUGGGGCUUUGCAGACAACAGUCUUCGCUUCUUCACUGCCGACAACAGAAGAAUGCUCGGCUUGUACGAAAACCUACAUAUAGGACAGAUCAGCACCGCUCUGUUUGCAGACUCCAAGACCUUGAUCACAGGUGGAGCAGACAGUACAAUUGGCGUCUGGACAAUUGGCUUCACCUCUGACUCUGCAGACAUACAGUCAAGAACUUAUCUCUUCGGCCAUCGCACGCCAGUCAGCGUUCUUGCUGCCUCACGCGCUUUCAGCACCUUGGUUUCUGCAUCAGUCGAUGGUCAAGUGUUCCUUUGGGACUUGAAUCGCUUUGACUGUGUGCGUGUGCUCCAAGAAGCCAACAACGGCAGUCGCACGAUCCAGUGCGCCAAAGUCAACAAUCUGACCGGCCACAUUGUACUGUGCAGUGGAGCAUACGUCCGAGUAUUCACCUUAAACGGACACCUACUCGUAGAACAAAAAGUGUGCGAUGCAGAGGAUGACGAAAUUACCUGUUGUGCUUUCUACGAAGGUGCUGCGAAUGAAUGGGUAGAGCGUGUGUUGCUGUUUACUGGCCACAAGCGUGGUAUCGUGAAUGUAUGGUCUUUGGUUACACUUCGCGAUGGCGCUUGGCAUCUACAACUCAUCAAGCGAUUGAUGCAUGUCGAGCCUACGCGCGGCGAGCCAAACAUCCAAGUACCGACUAUUACUUGUGUUCUCCCUAUGGCACAAGCUGUAUAUACUGGCGAUGAAGAUGGCAAAGUUAAGAGCGUGAGCAUCAGUGGACUUUGUAGUGUUGGAAAGGUGGAUUAG